AGGUGGAUACACCAGGUCCGUUCCUACGGUUCGCGUAACCUUGCUGUCAAUAUAUGGUGGGCACAUUUCACGAACUUCAACCAUACAGAUUGUGAAGUGAGUCCUCACAAAGACAAAGAAUUAGUUCCCCUUAGUUUGUUUGACUUCCAUCCCAGUGAAGCAAUUAGGUAAGUGCGUAUUUUAGUUGCAAUCAUACUGUACUACCACAGGGGGCCUAAGCUCGAAAUAUGGCUCUAUUUCGUAACGUUCAAAAUAUGGGAGAAAAAGCAAUUGUUUCUACAGCCUACGAAUGUGAAAAAAUUUCAAUAGAAAUCGGCUAACCUCACUUAAGUUGUGUGUUGCUUCUUUCCUGUGUAGUUUCCGAGCCGAUUUAUGGCCAUUUGAUGUGUGUUAUUGGAACUGGUUGGUUCCAAUAGAACCCAUUAAAUGGCCAUAGUAUCAAGGUUUUACACGUAGAAAAUAAUUAAUUAAAUCCCCCAAAACUGUUAGUACCGAUCCCUCUGUAUUAUUAAUUAUCCACCGUAUAUUGUCUUGCUCAGUACAUGUAUGAAUCACUGCCGCCACACCGACCCCCCAUAUGUUCUGUAUUACUUGCGUAUUUUCCCAUUCCUCUCUUUAGUAUAUCUUAUUCUUUUUCUCCUUUAUACGAAAUGAAACUGUUUCUAAGGUUAUGUUCACGCUAUACCAGAUAGCUUUUGCACCGCCACGAAAAUCAUACCGACUAGGGCUUCUGUUCGCACAUAAGAACGGUUGUGGUGGCGCGAUUACUGUAACGGAUCGAAGCUGCGCCCCGCCGAUCCGUAAAGUGGAGGGUCACAUUAUCGGAUAGGUGUUCACACAAUACCGGAUAGAUUUUCGUGUCAGCACCAAAAGCUAUCCGUGAACAUAGCCUAAAUUAAAAGGGCAUAUAAUUAGCUUCAUGAUUCUUGCCCUUUUCCAUUCAAGCUUGUCACAGAUUUAUUUCUUUAAAUCUGUUGUCCUAUGAAAUAUGUGGAGAAAAGAAAAUGCCACUACACUACAAUCCAAGUGAACAUAAAACUGUCAAAUUUAAGGCCAUGUCCACACGAAUCCGGAUACGCUGAAACCGCGUUCUUGCAGCUUAAGCAACGACGACGGCGGCGGCUGCGAAAACGUCACUUAUUCCAUCACGUUCAAUUUGUCAAACCACACGAAUACGCUAUGCGAUUUACAUUUCCUCAUUGCUAGCUGGUAGGCAUGCGCAAACCGAACCCGUGAUGUGAUUUCGCGGCAUUUUUGAAUGUUGUUGCUAUUUUGAGUACCAUGACCAGGCGUGCCUGUACAUUGUCCCACCAGGCAGGCACUUCUUCGCCCUGGACGAACCCAAAUCUUCCUUGACGAGGUUCAGAGUGAAAACGUUUUACACGCCUUUGUCUCGACCUAAAAGAUUCCAUAGUCUAGAUGCGGAUUAAGUCUUCUUUUGAAAUGGCUAAUUGUUGUCGUCAAAAUAGCAAACUUGAUUUCAAACGGCGAUAAGAGCUAGCAAAAUUGCAAUCAAAACAUUGUUGUCAGCCAUUUUCAACUUGAAAGUUUUCAUUUAAGACUGGACCCGAGUUUAUAACGUAGUUGACCUCAAGGAUAUCCGUUUUCAGUCGUCCACACAAAUUCACCAAACCCGUCGGAUCAAAAAAAAAUCCACCCUAGGGAGCGGUUUCAAAAAAUAUGCGGUUUCGGUGUACGGAUUCACUGGUUCCGUGUGGAUGGAAUGCCGAUUCAUUAAGAAAACUAGGCCGUUUCAAAAGUAUCUGGAUUCACGUUGUGUGCCAUCUCUCUUAAAAUCCGCUUGUUUAAAGUUAAUUUCAAGUAAAAUUAUUGCAUUUUAAUGUCAGGCAAGCUGCUUUGGAAGUUACUGGUGGAAAAACAGUAACCUUGCAGGAAUGGACUAAACUAAUGGAGGUGAGAAGAACUGAACCGCUAAACAAAGUGAAGGAGACUAGAGAAUGCUUUAUUCAUCUUUAACAUUUUUAAAAUACCUUUUUAACUGUCUAGCAUCUUCUGAAAGGAUAGUGUUGUUUGAAGUGUUUAAGCUUUUCUUAUUUUUUUAGAAAUUAGUUUGUAACGAGGGUUUAAUGGUGUAUCAAUAUUAUCUUGUAUCAGGGUUUUCAAAACUUGCCGACGCCCGUCGCAAGGUGCCGGCUACUUGCCAUGUUCGCGUCGGGUACUUUUGUGCCGAAAUUUCAGAUCAUUAAUUUAAACAGUGAAACACUACGCUUAUACUUUCUAUCAUGGCUUAAACAAAAUAAAAUGUAAAUGAUUGAAGAAAGUUGAAGAAAAAAAAAUCAAUGGAAUUUUUUGAUGAUGUCGAUUUUGACCUGUUAAAAAUCACGUUUUGAGCCCUGAAAAUGCACCAGAAUACAUCUUUGGACGUUCAAAUUUUCAAAAUUUCCCGGGGGAGGUCCCCCGGACCCCCUCCCAACAGGAGGGGGACUCCCCCUCCCGUACCGGCGCUGCUCCGCGGCGCAUUAGUGAGUCGGAUACAAUUCAAUUUCCUCCUGCUACUUUUUAUAAAAAUGAAAACCCUGUUGUAUGUACGUAACAAUGUAUAUUUUCAUCAGCGUAAACUAAAAUAAUGGUAAGUGUAUUCAGAGUAUGGCUGAAGUUGUCGUUGUUAUUUCCUCAGGCUGAUUAUCCUGGUGUAGUGAUCAAAGAGUUAUUAGAACAGGUAACUGGUCGUAUUGUUUUACCGCUAACAAUGAAUUAGACACUAAAAUUAGCCUUAACUUAGCGUCAAGUCUGGUUCAGACGCCGACCUUUUUAUGAGCCGAACCUAAUAUAUCGAACUAGGGUAUCUAAGAGAUAGUAAUGCUGCGGCACAUUCUGUUGAUACUGGCAUUAGUUAGGCAGUGAGACUUAAUAGAAUCGAAAAUGACAUUGAAUGUCCUAUUUACAUGUUGGAAAGUACUAGAAUAAUUACUAUCAGUCUAUAGAAAGAACUCGUGGGAACGUUGUUUAGAAAAUGAUCAAGUUCAAGUAGUUAGACUAGUUACAACUCUGGUUUUCCCACAGUAAAUUGUAGGAAAUAAUAGAAAUUCAGAUUGUUUAUCCAUAUAUUUAAUAUAUGGUGCACGAUAUUUUCUCUGGAAACACAAUACUUUUCUUGCUGUUUGUUGUACUUUAUUAAGUAACAGUUAUUUAGCUAUAUAUUUAUAGAAAACAACAACACGAAAAACGGGAAAAAAAGAAAGAAGGAAUAAAGAAUUCGGUGGGACUCGGACCCUGCACCUUCGGCUCGACGCGACUACACCUAACCACUGCACCACAGAGGCUGAUUACGUAAUUGUCAGGAAAAGUCUUUUAUUUUAUUCCUUUUCCAUGAAACUUCCGCCGGCAAGAUGAUCGCCAGCCGCAUUAACCGAGCUAUUAACAGUGAAAAAACAAUGUAAACGCAUAUUCCAUGGCAAUGAAUGAAAGAAAAAACAUAAUUAUGCUUUUCAAAACGCCGAUACACGUCCUCGUCUGCAAAGUAGGACACAAAACAUAUGUUUUGUUAUCUCGAUUUCCGCGGUUAUUUUGAAGCGAAUGGUCAAAAUCACAUCCACUUUCGGCUCAAACAGUUUCUUAAGAAUAGCACUGCAUGACAUUUUCUCACUUUCACAUCACUUUCUAGCAAGCUGGAAUUUGUAUAUCCCCCCGUGUUGCGGAGUCGAAGAGCAAUUGCUCAUCUUCUCGUCAGGUUUAACACCUGGACGAGUCAAAGGCUCUUGAAUUGAAAUCCAAUCCCCAAGUUAACGAUCGUACUCAUCUGUAAGACUCCUGCGUGUCUUAAAAUUUGGUAAGACCUCUAACCGUGCUGUAGAAAAUUUGCCACAAAGAAGACUCUAAGUCUGAGCAGCGAACGAUGCACUCUCUCACCCACCGAACUUCCCCGUGUUUUUUUGUUGUUGUUGUUGUUCGUGGCGCAAUGCACUCUGGUUAAAUGCAAUGCAUUGUGGUAAAAAGUGUGGUUAAAUGCAAUGCAUUGUGGUAAAAAGUGAUGAAUUCGAGAAUUCGUCGCCCCUUAUAUAUUUCCUUUAAAUCCUGAUUAUGUUGCUGCUCGCUCCCUUCGGUCGCUCCGCAGCAAUUAAGUGCAUGAAAAGUUCGGCGUCUCAAUCAGUUAGGAACGCCUAUUUGAAUUUGGAACAGCUUAGCUGUUCUUCCCUCCUAGUCCGGCCGGGAAUUUCGCCUUUGGAGCGACUUUGAAACGCCUUUGAUUCAGACACCGAACUUUUCAUGUGCCUAACGCUUAAAUUACAAGAACGUAUUUUGCGAGCAGUUUGACCGAAAUGAGCAUUUUUCUCCUUUUGAAAUUAGUUCGACUGGAAUUGAGAUCGGCGUCUGAAACAGUUCUGCCGGUCUAAAUAAUUGAGGUCGGCCUUAAUUCGAAUCAUCAGGUUCGGCUCAUGAAAAGUUCGGCGUCUGAACCGGGCCUACGACCUGGUUCAGACGCCGUACUUUUCAUGUGCCGAACCUAACUAAAUAAGUUCGACUUUGAAGCGACACGGGGGCGACAUCUUAUUCAGACGGCGCACCUUGUGUCGAACAUAAGUCAGCAUAGGUUAAGUUCGACAAAAGUUCAACCACUGGCAGUCCGGGCUCGAAAUAUGAGCAUCGGCGAGUAUCGCCAUUGUUGCGUAACAUUCGAAACAUAAGGAUUUGUAUGGGGAAAAAACCUAUCGUUUCUGUAACCUACGAAAAUGAAAGGAUUUGAACAAAAAACAGCUUACUUUACAUAAAAUGUGUGUUACGUGUCUCCUGUGUGGUCCAUGGGCCGAUUUAUGGCCGUUUUGGGCUACCUAUGGUUCGACAGACUCUGUCGAACUUUUGCCGCACUUAACUAAAACUGCCUUACCAAAUUGAUUCAAACGCCGCUCUUUUGCCGUACUUAAUUCAUCAGUUAGGUUCGGCACAUGAGUGGAUCAGCGUCUGAACCGAACCUAACUCUCACCUGCUGCCGUUCGAUUCUCGUACGCGACCACAUCCUGUUAGCAAACACUAAGUCAUUACAUUUUUGGUGAUCGCUCAUGGGAGGUUCGACUGUGAGUGAUUAUGUUUCUCAUUUUAAAGUUCAUAAUAUAAUUGCAUAUGUUUUGUCAUCCGGUUGUUAGAAUUUCAAUGAAAUUGAUGCAAACAAAGAUGGCUAUGUAUCUCCUGAGGAGAUCCAAGAAAUAAAAUAUGAAGAUCUUCAGCGACUUCUGAAUGGUCCAGCGGACGAAGAAGAGGAAGAAGAGGAGGCAAUCGAUCCAUCAGAGCUCCCUGAAGGAGAAGAAGAAAUAUCACAGACUGAAGAUUUAGCAGAUGAGGAUGAAAAAACGGAUGCUACUCACACUGAACUCUGAUGAAUACAUAGUCAGCUUUUGGAGCUAAGUGUGAACGGACGCAACAACUCCCAGCAUCGUUGGCCUAACAAUGUUAGCGCAACAACUCCCAACAACACACAACAAACGGACGCAACAUGUAACAUCCAACGAUGUUGGGAGUUGUUGGCCAACGAUAUUACGUCCUUAUGGCCAGGUUAUUCUAUUAUCGCCAAUUCUUUAAACACACUCAAACCUCUGUUAAGCGGCCACUCGCCAAACUCUCUUCCAAGCGUUCACGGUCACUUUGUGGUACCAGUAGUGAUUUUAAGAUGCCACGGCGCCGACGGCAACGGAAACAAGAACGUCAAAAAAGCAGUAGGCUGCAAAUAGGAAAAACAAAAACUGUGCACGUGAAGCACACUUUUUUGGUACAUUUCUUUUCCGUCACUGCACGAUUACGACGUGAAAAUGCUUAGUUUCACCAUAGUUAUUUAAGUGGAAUGGCUCGGAAACCCGUUUGUUCGCUCGGAAACCCGUUUGUUAUAUGUUUUUGUUAACUUUUUUGGAACUGACCGUGCACAACGUUCAAUAGCAUUCCUAUCAUUUUGAACUUAUUGACCAAUAGAAACAUCGCAUCAAUUUAUUCAGUCAAUUUGUGAACAAAAAACAGAGGAUUGUGGACGGUCAGGGAGCUUCCAACAUAAACCACAGCACCACUGUUUUCAACAUUGAUGUUUGCCGGCUUCCAAAACCAGUCUCCUCCACUAGCUAUGGUUUCACGUUUUCAAGAGGACGUAAACAAGCGAAGACGAAAUUUUCUUUCUCUUUCUGAACUUAGAGGUGACUCUUAGGAGUUUAACUCCUAAAGAGUUCCCUUGAAUUUGACAAAGUAGGCGAAUAAUAAUCGCGAUAGAGAUUGAAACAACACGAAUUCACUUUUUAAGCGAUGUUUUCCCCGUCCUCGCCGUCGUGGUUUCUUAAACUCCCCAGCUGCCUUCGUGGCAGGUGUUUGAAGAUGAAACGUAAAAGAGGAAUAAAGACGCGGGAAAACGCCUUGACUCGCGCGUCUUAAUAAACGCCUGCCUCGUAGCCUUGGUUCCCCCCUCUCCGCAAGCAUUGGCUGCUAGCAGGGAUCCUUGGUCCCUGUAGAUGGGUUAUAAUUUUGCCUGUCUUAUUCUCAAGUGAGUGAUCCUUUGCUAAAAUGUACCACAAUUCAGUAGCAGUACGCUAAAUUAGUACAUUUGUGAAUGGUCUGUAAGCAGUGCCGGAUCCGGAACUUGAGAUAAGGCGGGGGCCUCGGUCAUCCAGACCCUUAGAUAAGGGGACGGGGAGGCGGGGGGGGGCGGUCUCUCAAAAACUUUUUUCGGCCCUUCGGGCCUCAGUUUGGCAAAAAAUAAGGGGGG